GCGGGCGUCCCCAUCGCGAAGUAAAAGAAGAAAAACGCCGCUCCCCAUUCUCCACGGCUGCACCUCCAUCCCCUCCCUCCCUGUCGCCUCGAUCUCCCUCGCCCCGCUCUCCGUCUCGUCGGCCGGCGGUGGCUCUGGCCGGCGGGGCAAAGCCACCUGAAUCAUGGCCAAGUCUGGUGCCCGUAAGGAGGCGGCACCAGCCCGGUCAUCGGCGACCUCGCCGCCGACGCAGCACGUCCCCGGCGCCCCGGCAGGCUCGUGCGGCAGCCGCUCUUCUACCCCGGCGCUCCGACUAGCUCGUCCACCAGUCCGUCGACACCGCCGCACCUGUACCCCCCUCUCAUGGAAUCCUCUACUGCAAACCCUACAUGGAGGCCAAUGUACACCCCUGCACCUGAAGGCUUGCUAAGUUUUGGACAAUUCCCUCCAAUGCAUCCUUAUAAUUUUCGACCUCCGCCAAUGCACCACCCUGAACAAGGACGCAAAAAUAUGGAGAAUUUGCAUUUUGUUGGGGCUUCCCCACACGAUUCCUUUUCAACACCACCGCCACCACCGCACCCUAAAGUUGCAUCUCGGUCUGCUCCCGCCAAAGUGGAUUCUACUUCCUCCAAAAGGAAGAAGCGGAAGGUCACCAAUGUAGAUGACGAUGAAUUGGGAGAAAGGACCGCAUAUCGUCUGCCCUAUUUACCCGAGGAACAUGAAAGACUGGCAGGCGCUUGGCUGGAGUGUUCACUCGAUCCCAUCAAUGGGAACAGAAAGAAGAAUGAGCGGUUCUGGGAUGACAUUGCUGCUCUAUACAACAUUGCUGCUCUAUACAACAGUGCCACGCAAAGUAACCGAAAGAGAGAUCGGGAUCAGUUGAAGAUGGAGUGGCAAAGGACCAAGAAAAGGCUCGCCGCUUUCCAUGGUGAGUGGAUUGACGUAAUUGGAGUGUAUCGUAGUGGUUGCAGCCAACAUGACAUGGAAAAAAUGGCUUUGGAGAAGUAUGAACAAAACUAUCACCAGCCUUUCCAACAUUUAACUAUGUGGGCAAAACUCAAGGAUGAUGGUAAAUGGCUAGCCUCUUACAGAAACAUGACGGAAAAAGUAGGGAACAGAACAUCUGUGGAGACCAAUCUCACACCAAAUAUGAUUAACUUGGAGGCCGAGGAGCGCCCAUCAGCUGGCCGUGAUAAGGCUAAGGUUGAACGUGCUGGUAAAGGCAAGUCAGGAGGGCUCUCACAAGAGCUUGGAGAAAGAUUGGAAAAAUUCAUCGAGGUUAACAAUCAAUCAAUGGAGGACCGCCAAAAGGUGAUAGACAGCCAGGUGAUUCUAUCAAAUCAACAGCUUGAGACUGCGAAGAUCAACAACAAAACAAAAUUGUUGGAUGUUUACUCCAAAAUGCUUUUAGCGGACACAUCUAAGAUGGAUGACGCUGAAAAGGCUCGACUUGCUAAGGCUUUGAGUAAAAUGGAGCCCAUGUUAUUUCCUGAAGGAGAUUCAGUUGAUUGAAGGGAAAGAAGCGAUGCACUAUGAAGCAUAUCAGAGGAUAGGUUGUUCAGCUACAUUCAGUCAGUUAAUGGUGUGAACUAGGUGGAUCCUUAAUUGUGUGAACUUGAUAAUUGUCCUGCUGCAUUUUGUCUCGGUCAGUUUAUUGUGUGAACCUGAUGGAUUGUUCAACACUUUUGUUGUCCGGUCAGUUUAUUGUGUGAACCUGAUGGAUUAUUAUUGUGUGAACUUGAUGGAUUGUUAUUGUGAACAUAUUGGAUUUUUAAUUGUGCACCUGAUGGACCGAUCAGCCACAUAUAGAUCACAAAGUUAAAGUACUACUAUAGAUCCCACAAAACAAUAAAUGGCAACCUCCAUGUUACUACCUUUAUGUUACUACCCACUAUGGAGGUAGUAACAAAGAGUAGUAACAUAUGCAUGUUACUACUCUAUGUUACUCCCCAUUAUGGCUAGUCUUAGCGUUAUGAGAUAAUAAACAACUAAAUCUAAAUGCACUAGUAGUUGGGAGCUGGUAGAUCUAGCAGGACAUGGGACGACGGCAAUCGAUAACCU